UCAAUCAAGGUGGUCGAGCAGUCUUGUUCUCGUACCGGAAUCCUGUUCUUGGUGAUCUUCUUUUUCGGCCGAAAACACGAAGCUCAUUACCCCAACAACAGAGCUUGACCCCGAGAGAUAGGCACGGUUGACCUAUCUCGCCGAGAUGACUGAUCACACUCGACUUUCUAGUGUCUUCUCCCGGACUCUUGACACAUAGCUCUGAUACCAAUACUGCUUCUCGUUGUCGGAGUCCGACUUUGAAGAUAAAAACAGUGGGUUCGCUCAGAUAUCCAGAGAACCGAUACCGGCUGCUCGACGAUGUUGGAAGCUUGCGGGUAGAGACAGGAUGAACCCACGAUAUAUAAUGACCGGGGACUGCCUACAGUUUUCUGCAUUCCGUUUAGCACCCAGGAAAUCGCCAUGUUUCGUGUCGGGGCAUUGCUGUUCCUGUUUGCCUUUGGCUCUCAAGCUCUUGUCGACCGUGGCAAGGUAGUCGCACUUAACAACGUCAAUUAUUACGUCGGCGGAACACCCGUCUCCAGACUGGAUAUCUCGCGUACGGACUCCUUCCAGGCAGCCGUUAUCCCAGACUCUGACAUCUUCCCUUUGACUGUCAUCAACCUGGGCACGUCGACUUUCGCUGGAACGCAAUUCAGGACUCACGUCGCCAACUUCUCCUCAUCCGAUGAUGUCUUCCAGCCAGAGUUUCUCCGAACCAUAUAUCUACAGAACGAAAGAAAUGUCACUUCUUCAGUAGACCUUGCGAGCUGCUCUCCUUUGCUGAAGCAGUCCGGCAACCACCUUCUGAUGACUGCCAAGUCUAUCACUUCUCGACUCGGUGGCGUUGUACAGACCACUUUGACUGAGUGCUUGCCUCAUGGUCCUUACUUCGUCUCAGCCAAGACAGGUGACAUCUUCAAGGCUUAUCGACUGUAUCACGAUGAGAAUCUUGCCUUCAUUCAAGGGACCGUUGAUGAUGGUGCAAACGGCUUCAUGUCACUACCUGCCGUCACCGAGGAUGUCAUAGCCAGAAGCAUUGCAGUACCUUCGAGACUGUACUACACCGUUACUGACGAUCAGCCACUGGCUGGAUUGCGAUUUGGUCUUAAGGAUAUCUAUCAUGUUAAAGGCCUGCGAACUAGUGCCGGCAGCCGAUCAUACUUCUAUACCUACGGACCGCAGAAUACCACAGCCCCCUCAGUACAGCAGUUGCUGGAUCAAGGAGCUGUCCUCGUUGGCAAAAUGGGAACCGUACAAUUUGCAAAUGCAGGAUCUCCUACAGCAGAUUGGGUUGAUCUGCACUGUCCAUUUAACCCUCGAGGUGAUGGUUAUCAAGACCCUAGUGGUUCGUCGACCGGGCCCGGUGCCGGUAUCGCUUCGUAUGACUGGCUCGACUUUUCGGUCGGCAGCGACACUGGCGGCUCUAUGCGUGGUCCUGCAGGCUCUCAGGGAGUCUACGGCAAUCGGCCAUCUACCGGAGCCAUCUCGAUGGAUCACGUUGUACCCCUUUCUAAUGCUCUCGACACUGCCGGUGCAUUUGCUAGGGAUGCCGAUAUCUAUGCCCGCGUCGUUCAACAUUGGUACACGAACACCAACGCGGAUUACCGGGACUACCCAAAGAGGCUCGAAUGGGUGCCGCAAGGUUCGGGGUACUUCUCCCCUUCGUCACUAUCUUCUGAAGCCUCUACGGCCAUUGAAAACUUCUUGCAUGGUUUGGAGAGCUUCCUCGGAACCAAUCGCACUAUAGUCAAUGUGACUCAACAAUGGGCCGAGACUCGCCCUAGCAACACGACCGCAGAUAUCAACGAGCUUUUCAACACCACUUAUGCCGUUCUUACGACUGUCGACCAAUGGAACCUAGUAGGCAAGCCGCUGUUCGCGGAUUACGCUGCUGCUCACGACGGUCGUACUCCCUUCAUCAAUCCCAAUCCAUUGGCGAGAUGGCAGUGGGGUCAGGAGACGAACUCCAACAGCAGUUACGGUGCAGCUCUGCACAACAUGACCAUGUUUCGUGACUGGUGGCAAACUUCUGGCUUCGGCGCACCCGACAACACGACUUGCUCUGAGUCUAUCUUCGCAUACAUCUGGGACAUUGGAGUGCCUUCUUACAGAAACAGAUACUUCAUCUCGACCAACAGCCCUCCACUUGGUUUUGAUUAUUGGGCUAUUGCUGGCUAUGCGGGUGCUGGCGAGGUCAUUGUUCCGGUGGGUGAAUCACCUUACAACAGUACUAUUAGUGGGAAGACGGAGUAUUUGCCUGUUUCGGUGGCGUUGCAGGCGGCUAGAGGAUGUGAUCAUAUGCUUGCUGGUUUGGUGCGUGAUCUCCAGGCUAGUGGAGUGCUCAAGGCGGUCAAUACUGGAUCACGCCUAUGGUCUUGAGAUUGAUUGAGGCUCAAUGCACGUAAGACAACUAUUGUAGCUUGGGCCAUUCUAGUACGAUAAAGAGAUAGAGUCCUAUUAAGCACUAGAAUUGGAUUCCAUC